ACACGUAUUAUUAUUAUUAUUAUUAUUAUUAUUAUUAUUAUUAUUAUUAUUUAAAUGAUACAGCCUGAUGUUCUGAUCAUACUACUGUUGCACACAUUAAAACGAGUAAUGCAUGUUUGGGGUAAUGUAGCUUCUUUAUUUGCUCACCGUUGUCUUUAUGUGCUGUAAUUAAUUGCAAGACAUAUUAAUCGUUAGAGACCAUGGACACGCUGUGGCCGUGCAGCUCAACACCUCGAGCAGUGUGUUCUAGCGCUGUGCGUUCGUAGGUGUUUUUCCCCUAACACUGCUCAUCAGCGCCCUCUAAUGGUAUGAGUACCAAAUAUUCUUUCUGUCUCUCAUCACGACUAAUAUUUCACCGGUAAUUGUUCAAUAAUUAUAACAACAAAAAUUACAGACCUCCAGUCUUACUGAUUACUGUCAAUACCAAUAGCCAAAAUAAUAUGGGGUGGUCUUAUUAACAGUUUCCUGGGGGUGUCUUCUUAUUAACAGUUUCCUCACACUAACACAUUUUAUCAGUAGGAAAUAAAUCUUCAGGUUAUUACAGACAUGCUAAAGCUCUAGAUGAUGUAAGGUGUUAAUUAUAGACGCACUUCUGCCCCCUAGUGGUAAAGAACACACUUUACAUGACUGUUCAUUUAUAUACUCGGUUUAACGGUAAUGUAAAGUAAUUGUCCUAUUUAUUAAUCGUACACCUUUCCAUUCGGGCAAUUAUCCAAUCACGUGUCAGCACGUGAGCUUCUUAUUGCGAGCUUGUUAUUAGAACUGCUGACUACAACACGAUGACUAUGUCCUAUAAUCUUCGCCCAUCAGUGAAAAACUAGUGGAUGAAGCCAGAGGAAGAUGAACAGGAAGAAGCUGCAUCAGGAGCAGCAGAGCAGAAAGAAGUGGUGAGAGAUUUCCAUCAAAUCAACUCUGGGAAAAUGCAGCAAGUGAAAUCUUCUUGUAACAGCAGAGGAAAAUAUUGGCAAGGGAACAUCUUUGCCAGGGAUCUCCGCUACCAAGAUGCGUUCAGAUGUCCGGAGAUUAUCCCCCAACUGAAUGAGGAUCUAGCCGAGAUGACAUUGCGCAUACACGUCAGGCACUUUAAGUUUGGAUCGAUGUCUCUGAUCGAGGCUCUCAGAUCAUUCCUUGGAGUGUUUUGGCUGAAGGAUACACCUGAGAUUCAGCAUCUACUGAUAACUCACUUCAGUCAUUGGUCCAUUCAGUGUUCUGAACAGCUGCUCAAUUUACAACCUCAUGUGUACUACAUGAGCUGGGCCACAACCUUACUCAUCGCUGAUCCUAAUGGUGAUCACAAAGGGAGGAAAAGGACUUGUGAGGAAUUUAUAGUGGACCUGAAAAGAGUGAACUGCUUUUCACAGUAUAAUCUGAAAGAAUGGAAGGACAUGUACGAAUCAGUCAAAAGAAAGCCGCUAUUAAUGUGCAGAGUAAUCGCUGCGGAAAUAUCGAAGCCAGAGGAUUCUGACUGUAACUCAUCAGUUGGGAGUGAAAACAAGCCUACCACCAUGAUCUACAAUAAAGGAUCUCUCAUCCGCAAAAGAGUCAUGGACGAGAAUGGAGGAAAACCCAAAAGAGGCAAGAGAGCAUGGAAACCAUUUACUGCGGUUCUACAAGGCUUGGUCCUGCAUCUACAAAAAAACAAAGCUACAUUCUGCAAGGCAGACAAGAAGAAUGUCAUUAGACUGCAUCAUGCCGUGGCGUACCCUGUAGAUUAUAAAAAGAGGUCCCAUGUGUUGUGCCUCAGGACCGCAGACUCCAGACUCUUCUACUUCCAGGCCGAGAGUGAAGAAGAGCAGACAUCAUGGACUGCGAUCAUUAACCGCAUCACCGCCCGUUACUCUGCUCGUCCACUCACUUCAUCUUCAUGCUUCAUCACCGCAUAUUGCCCCCAGGUCCUACCUUCAUACCCCACCACUCUGACUAUAGAGCAGCAGCUUGAGUCUCACAAGGACCAGUUAAAGAUACUUUCAAACCCUACAGAGAAAUAUGCAGCAUUGUCUCUUAAGGGAAGAUACUUUAGAUGAUACAGAGCGCUACACGAUGUAUGUGAGAGCGUUACAGGAGCUCGCUGCAGAGAAAGAUGCUGGAGAAGGCUGCAGAAACUCAACUUUGCAUCAGCGUCUACCACAAAGAGGAUAACAACAAUGUGCAGAAAGAUAUGAAAUAUUAUUGGUCGAUCAUUCAAAUACAUCGAUUGCUCUGAUACACUUCAGUGUGCCGAAUACGAUAUAGUUACUGUAGUAAUAAUUACACCGGGAUUCGGAUGGCAUAGGAUCUACAUUAAUCUAGGGCUAAUAAUAAACAGAUAACUGGGUAAAAUGUGUUAUUUAACAAAGGAAAAUGUGUAAUUGUUGAUAUGGUGAAAUUUAUGGAAACAUUCAUGGAAGGAGACUCCAGUGUCAGCACUUUAUAACAGUCAGGGAGUUUUAAGCCAUGGGAACAUCUUCAAGACGGAGGAGUUUGAGCUCAAUAACAGCAUUUUAUUAUGCUUGUUUAUCUUGUGUUUCACACACUUCUCACAUCUGGACCUUUCAUGGUUUUAAUACCACGGCUAGAUCAUGGGUUGUAUCAUGGUUUUAUAAGACGCUCUUAUAAUGAAAUAAAAAUGGUCAUUUAUGGAAUAAUAAAACAGUAAACUGAACUUUUGACAAAAUAAUGAAAGGAUUUUGAACAUAUGGUGCAGGAUUCAUAGAGUAAAUUGUUGUAGGGUUGUUGUGUAACAGGCAUGA